CAAAUAAUAUUAAAUUUAAAAUUUUGUAGUUUAUAUAUAUUUUGCUUUUAUGUGAUAAAUUGAAUACUUUUGACAGUACGUCAUUACACUUCACGUGUAAUUCAUUUGUGUAUAUAUUGUACCAGAUGUAAACAAGUAAUAAAGAAAGGAGAACUUAGGAUUAAUUUAAUACUAUAAUGACACAGUAUUUGGUUUUUGUAUCUGUGUUUAGUCACAGAUGGUCAAGAAAAUGACAUAUAUACAUAUGUGCAUAUUUAAAUAUACAUAUGUACAUAUUUAAACUAUUAAGUCUUUCGAGACUUUAAAACAAUAAUGUGCUAAAAACAUUAUCAAUUGUUUUACAGACGUGGUUUAUUAAACAUGGUCUUCGAAAGUUUUUACUUGUGUUAAAUUUAAUAAUGUUUAAAAAAAUUUAUAUUAAUUAUCUGUCACAAUGUAAAUAAUUAAUGUUUUAAAUGUGUGCAAAUUGUGAAGAAAAAACUUUAUUGCUGCUUUGUAUAUAAUAUCCUUUACCAUGUCGUAUUCUAUCAAUAGAAGACCUUUGUUAGAAGGUGUAUCAGACAGUGAAUUUGAAGAUGAUUUAGAAACUGAAGCCGAUGAUCCAAACAUUUCUGUUCCAGAUGAAAAACCGUUUUUAAAACAAUAUGAACCUAGUGACAAAUAUAAUCUUGCAUACAUUGUUUUUUAUGUACUUGGUAUAAAUACAUUAAUUCCAUGGAGUUUUUUUAUCACAGCUGAUGAUUAUUGGAUGUAUAAAUUUCGAGAAAUACAUAAAAAUUCUACGAAAAAUAUUAAUUAUAGUCAUGUGGAAAAUUUAGAAAAAAAAACUGAUCUCCAAGCUAGUUUCACAUCUUACAUAAGUGUAGCAAGUGCACUACCAAAUACAUUUUUUUUAAUUCUAAAUGCAUUUAUUAGUAAAAAAAUUUCCUUAAGAGUAAGAAUGGUCAGCUCCCAGUGUACAAUAUUAUUAUUUUUUAUUUUAACAACAAUAUUUGUUAAAAUAAAUACAGACAAAUGGCAAGGAACAUUUUUAAUAAUUACUUUGACCACAGUGGCAUGUGUUAAUGCUGCAAGUGCAAUUUUUGGAGGAAGCUUAAUGGGUAUUGUUGGACGUUUUUCUCCAAAAUAUAUAACUGCUAUGUCAAGUGGACAAGCUCUUGGAGGAAUUAUUACUGCUAUAGCAGAAAUAUGUUCCCUUUGGAUUGGUGCUAGUCCUGUACUUUCAGGCCUGGUUUAUUUUAUAAUUGGAGAUGUUAUGUUAUUUUUAUCUUUAAUUGCAUAUGUAAUUCUAGAAAAAGUAGCAUUUUUUAAACAUCAUAUGGUAGAAAAAUUACCUGAAAAUGUAGAAGCAGAUUAUUCAAUAACUGGAGAAGUAACUUUUCCUCAAGGGACUACAAUAUCUUAUACACGUAUUAUUAAAAGAAUUUGGCAUUAUGGUAUUAAUGUAUUUUUAGUAUUUUUUAUAUCCUUUUCUGUAUAUCCAGCACUUACUGUGUUAGUGGAAAGUCAAUGUAAAGGCAAAGGGUAUGCGUGGAAUGAUAUCUAUUUUGUACCUGUGGUGACCUACCUUAUUUUUAGUUGUGGUGAUUAUACUGGCAGAAUAUUAUCAGGCAUUUUUCAAUGGCCAAAAAAUAAACCGUGGCAAGUCGUGCUUUUAAGUCUAAUGAGAGUCAUCUUUAUACCAGCUUUUAUAUUUUGUAAUGCUCAGCCCCGACAUCAUCUUUCCGUUUAUAUUCAUAGCGAUCUUUAUUAUAUUUUAAUAACUAUUGCAUUUGCCAUUAGUAAUGGUUAUCUAUGUAAUCUAUCAUUUAUUUUAACUCCUACGGUUGUAGAUUCUCAAGAGAAAGAAAUCGCAUCUAUUAUGAUAGGAGCUUUUCUUGGCAUGGGAUUGAUAUCAGGUUCUGCAUUCAGUCUGUUCAUGGUUAAAGCACUUUAAUCAUAUAAUUUGGACAAAAGAAAUAAAUAAAUAUAAAUAAACUUUCAUCUCACUGCCCCUAUAUUUAAGAAGAAAUGACAAUGUUGAAUCAAAUCAAAUUUUAUUUUAUACUUUGUGACAAAAUUUAUGAAUGUAAUAUUUGAUACACUAUUGUAAAUUAUUUUUGAGGCAUUUCUUUAAGUAUUUAAAUAAUAAAAUUUCAUAAAUAUAUGAAAUUAUGUAUAAAAUGGAAAUAAUUACAUAUAAUGAAUCUAAAAUAUAUAAUAGCAUGUAAAAACUUAAUUAAUUAUAAGAAAAUUUGUAAUCAGGUAUAUACUUAAUGUAUUUGUAAGAAAUCAAAAUGCAAUUAAUUAUGAUAAAUCUUUUAA